AUGGGCCGACAUCUCCUGGGGGCCAUGUGGAAGGACCAGCUAAAGAUCCUCAAGACAAGGACGAAGAAAAAAGAAAACCCGCCCUGUGCCAAAGAGGUCACCGUCCUGGGAAAUGAAGCUGUCCCCGUUGGAGUGAUGAACACCUUGAAGUUAGGCCCAAAGUUCGGUGCACAGCCAAACUUGCAGAAGGCUGAUGUCCUGGGAUUGAUCAGGAAGGUCGCCAGAGCCGCUCCAGGGGAAGUACAGCCAGCGUUAGUCAACCAAGCUGUGGAUGCCGUCAAGGACGUGAAGCUUCCGAAGUCCCGCGGCCGCGAAAUGAAACAGGUUAUAGAGUUCUGCCACUCAGCAGAAGCCAAAUUACUAACGGCAGACAAGGAAGGGGGUUUCGUCAUCAUUCCAGCCCAACUGUAUGAGCAGAAAAGUGAGGCCGCCCUGCAGAAGAAUUUUCGCCCAGUCCCUACGCAGGUAGAAAAGACGGCGCGUUCAAAAGUCCUGCAAAUAUGCGAGCAAUCCAACCUAGAAAGGAUCACUAAACGCAUCAAGGACGGCAACAACAAACAGCACUUGGAACUUUUCUACACGGCCAAGACACAUAAAGAGGGCAUCCCCUUCAGGGCCAUUGUUUCGGAGAGGGGCACGUGGCAGAAGUGCGUUUCGGGCUUUUUACAGAAGCAUCUGUCCAGACUAGAGAUAGAGGAUCCCUUCCUCGUAAGAAACUCGGAACCGGUGAUACAAUAUCUACAGAAGGGCUCCUCGAAGGACAUGAACGUCUUCUCUAUUGACGUGGAAGACCUAUUUUAUUCCAUUCCUCAAGAGGUCCUUCUCCCCGAGGUGCAAGAAGUGAUCGACAGGUCUGGAAUCAUCGCAUUCCAAAACAACACAGGCAUGGCGACGUCGGCUUUCAUGGAGCUUCUUACAGCAUAUCUGUCUUCAACCAUCAUCAGGCAAGCAGGUCAGCUCUUCAUACAAAAGAGUGGGACACCCAUCGGUUCAGGACUUUCGCCCGUGCUGUGUGAUAUAUGUCUCGGCGCCUGUGACGUUAACGUCAACCGGGCUCUCGAAGGGACCUGUGACUUUCAAAUCUUCCGGUACGUGGAUGACUUUCUGGUCUUUUUUCGUGGAGUGACAAGUAGUAACCCCAUCUCAAAGGAGGACGUCCUAAAUACAUUCAGGACGUGCGCAAAGGGCCUCAAUUUCACAUACGAGAUCCCCGUGGAUGGGACCAUUCACUUUCUUGACCUUCGCCUACAUGACGCGGGUCUCCAUAUGUGCUGGGCAUAUGAUCCCAGGUCAAGGAAGAAAGUGCUCCCGUACAAGUCAGCCCACUCCAAGAUCGUCAAAAGGGGAAUUGUCAUUAACGCCCUAGACUCAGCCCUUGCCAGGUCAUGCGAGCACUGUGUUACGGACAGUUUUCACGCACAGGUAGCAAAGAUUCGAAACGGUGGCUACCCAGAGGUGAUGAUAAUAAAAGUGGCCGAGACAUUGCUGAAGAAGAUCAAAGGGAGCGCGAAGCCAGCGAGACCGCGACCUCCGGGUCGACCCGUGUGUAUCCCCUACGUUCACGCCAUAGCCCACAAUAUAAAAAACGUCGCCAGUAGGCAUGGCGUUCCCGUCGUCAUGUCAGCACCCGUCAAGUUCAGUUCCCUGUGCGCCAAGGUCAACCGACCGAAGAAGAAACAAGGGUGUGCAAUCCAACAUAGGAACCCACAUGUAGAAUGCCAACAACGAGUGGUCUACCGGAUCCCACUUCAGUGCGGACGCGUUUACAUAGGGCAAACCGGAAGAUGUCUUAACGUCAGACUUCAAGAACAUGGGGCAUCCAUUAAGAAAACACCAUCCGGGCACCUCGCUUUGCACUGUCGGGACUGUGGGUGCAAACCAGACCUCGCGCGAACAGAUGUACUAUCAGUACACAAUGAGCAGCUAACAAGGGAAAUAGUAGAGGCAUUUUUUAUUACGAAACACGACGAUGAUGAAUGCGUAAGCGCUCCGUCACUGAGCCUCUCCCCCGCGGAGAUAAGUUAUCUCGGGAACACGUUGCAGUGUAACCCGAUGGUGUCAUGUGACUAG